GUAAUCGUAAUUUGGAAACAAAUAAGCCAAGUGAAACUAACUUUUGAAAUUUAAAAUAUUAUAUUUACGAGAUAUCAGCCACAUGAGUUGCGAAAUAUGGGCUUAUUUUGAAGGAUAUGGGUAAGCAGGGGACGUGUCAGAAUCGGCGAGAAAAUUGAAAUGAGAAUUUGGCUGCGCAGGAAUCUUCCUGGAAAUUAACCAUCGCCAAGUAGAUUACAUGAAAUCCACUUUAUUUGCGUCGAACAUCAAUUCUUCUGAGUCACUUUCCUGGCCAUGAACUUCUCCUGAUUUCAUCAUCGCCUUCUCAGUUUUGUUCACCUGUUCUUCAACAACUGUUCAGAGUUCUUGUAAAGUGAUGGGUGGGAAAAGUUCUAAGCAUGGAAGUUCAAGACGCAUCUCCUCUAGUCGGUCUAGCUCACAGCAGCGGGGUCAUUACGGUUAUCAAGAGUCACCAUAUGCUCAAUCAAGAAGCGAAUAUGCGCCACAGUAUCAGUUUGCACCUCAAACUCCAGGCUAUGGUGGAGCUCAGGCCCCCGAGUCCCGAAGGAGGCUGGAGAGGAAGUAUUCAAGGAUAGAUGAUAACUAUAAUAGUCUAGAUCAGGUUACUGAGGCAUUAGCUCGUGCUGGCCUCGAGUCUUCCAAUCUUAUUGUCGGCAUCGAUUUCACAAAGAGCAAUGAGUGGACAGGCGCUAGAUCAUUCAACCGUAGAAGUUUACAUCACAUUGGAGAUGGGCAAAAUCCCUACGAACAAGCGAUAACAAUUAUUGGGAAAACGCUAUCUUCUUUCGAUGAGGAUAAUUUGAUUCCUUGCUUUGGUUUUGGAGAUGCAUCGACUCACGACCAAGAGGUUUUCAGUUUUUAUCCAGAAGACCGAUGUUGUAACGGAUUUGAAGAAGUAUUGAGUCGAUAUAGGGAACUGGUGCCUCAUCUUCGACUUGCAGGACCAACAUCAUUUGCCCCCAUUAUAGAAAUGGCUAUCACAAUUGUAGAGCAGAGUGGCGGCCAAUACCAUGUAUUACUAAUAAUAGCUGAUGGUCAGGUUACGAGAAGUGUUGAUACCGAGCGUGGGCAGUUUAGCCCACAGGAAAAGAAAACCAUUGAAGCUAUUGUUAAAGCUAGUGCAUACCCCUUGUCGAUUGUACUAGUUGGAGUAGGAGAUGGACCUUGGGACAUGAUGAGAGAAUUUGAUGACAAUAUCCCAGCUCGAGCCUUUGAUAAUUUCCAAUUUGUGAACUUCACAAAUAUAAUGUUGAAAAAUAUGGAUCGUUCAAGAAAGGAAGCUGAAUUUGCUCUUGCAGCUCUCAUGGAAAUACCCUCCCAGUAUAAAGCAACACUGGAACUUGAAAUUCUGGGUGCCAGUAGAGGGAAGGCAAUCGACCGGGUUCCUCUUCCCCCUCCUCGUUAUGGUCCUGCUACUAUUAGCUCCCCAAAGACCUCAAACUCGAGCAGUUCUCACUAUGUACCGCCCUCCUUUGGUGGAGUUGCUCCUGUCCGAAGCGCACCUCCUCUAAGUUCGGUUUCUGAUGCCCAUGCUUGUCCCAUUUGCAUCACCAAUGCAAAGGAUAUGGCUUUUGGCUGUGGACAUCAGACAUGCUGUGAAUGUGGACAAGAUCUUCAGUCGUGCCCCAUAUGCCGCAGCUUUAUCCAAACUAGGAUAAGGCUUUAUUAACUGAAACCCACACUCUGAUGAAUUCUCAUGCCUAAGACCAACUCCAGCUUCUUGCUUGAGUCAUUUGCGCAACUCCUUUAUCAGGACCGAAAAGGUGUCGUUGACUUGGUAAGUCGAACGAUAUGUCAUUGUAAAUAUCGAUAGCUUUUCCCAUCGAUUUUCGCCCAUGUUUUUCCUAGCUAAUCAUUUCAUAAAAUGUCUAGAAAUUAUGUUGGUUAACUCUUGUGGUGGGUUAUGAUACCUCAAAUUCUUUAUGAAAUCUGGUUUGCCAUUAGUUUAUAUGUAAUUACAAUAUCUUUCAGUGGGCAAUAAGACUUGAUUUCUCA